AUGCAUAUUAUUCUCGAUGUGUAUGGUGGGAUCAAUCGAUCGACUAUCGGCGAAGCUGCUGGUCAUUGGGGUUGGUUCCAUAACCAGACUCAUUUCGAGUACUCGAUGCAAGUCAUAGAUGCUAUAAUUUCAUUCAUCCAAAACUCUGUCUUAUACUCUCGAACCUUUGAGCAAACCGCCGAUAACCGCAAUCUGUCGGUUUUUGGAACCCCUGCUGCUCUUUCUGAUAAGGGCGCCGCGUGGAUCUUGAAGUAUAUCCCCGCUGUGCUUGAUCGUGUGGCUAGUGUGAAUACUGUUUUUCAGGCAUCAACUCACACGGAAUAA